AGUAGCACCAUGAUGAAGACCGUAGUCCUUCUCGCCCUCUUCGGAUGCUCUAACGCAUUCCUCUUCUCACUUCUCGGCCUCGGAGGAGGUGGCGGUGGCGGCGGAUGCUGUGCACCAAAGCCAGCCUGCGGAGGAGGAUGCGGAGGAGGUGGCGGUGGCGGCGGCGGAUACGCUGUUGCUCCAGCUGCUGCUGCCUACGCUCCACCACCACCACCACCACCGCCACCAGCUCCAAUCGGAGGAGGAUAUGGAGGCGGAUAUGGAGGUGGAGCUGGAGGAGCGUACCAAGCUGCACCAGCCAUCGGAGGAGGAGGUUACGGAGGAGCCGGAGGAUUUGGAGGAUCCCAAGGAGGAUAUGCCGGAGCCGAACAAGGAGGAUUCGGAGGAUCCCAAGGAGGAGCCGGAGGAUACGCCGGAGCCGGACAAGGAGGAUUCGGAGGAGCUCAAGGAGGAUCCGGUGGAUACGCCGGAGCCGGACAAGGAGGAUUCGGAGGAGCUCAAGGAGGAUCCGGUGGAUACGCUGGAGCUGGACAAGGAGGAUACGGAGGAUCCCAAGGAGGAGCUGGAGGAUAUGCUGGAGCCGGACAAGGAGGAUUCGGAGGAGCUCAAGGAGGAUCCGGUGGAUACGCUGGAGCCGGCCAAGGAGGAUUCGGAGGAUCCCAAGGAGGAGCUGGAGGAUACGCUGGAGCUGGACAAGGAGGAGCCGGAGGAUUCGGUGGAUCCCAAGGAGGAGCUGGAGGAUACGCAGGAGCUGGACAAGGAGGAGCCGGAGGAUUCGGAGGAGCUCAAGGAGGAUCCGGAGGAUACGCUGGAGCUGGACAAGGAGGAGCCGGAGGAUUCGGUGGAUCCCAAGGAGGAGCUGGAGGAUACGCAGGAGCUGGACAAGGAGGAGCCGGAGGAUUCGGAGGAGCUCAAGGAGGAUCCGGUGGAUAUGCUGGAGGAUCCCAAGGAGGAUUCGGUGGAUCUCAAGGAGGAGCCGGGGGAUUCGGAGGAGCCCAAGGAGGAGCUGGAUACCAACAAGGCCCAGGACCAGCAGCUGUAUCCGGAGGAGGCCAACAAGGAUACCAACAACAACAACAAACCGCUAUCGUCUCUGCACCAGCUCCAGUUUCGACCUACCAGGAGCAAGCCCCAGUUCAAGCUCAACAGGAGACCGUUGUUCAACAACAGACUUUCGAGGCCGCUCCAGCUCCAACUCAAACUUUUGAAUCUGCACCAGCAGCUCAAACUCAGGAAUACGGAUCCCAAGGAACUGAGCAAGUUGUCGAGACCUCCGCUUCUUCUUCAUCUGGAUAUCGCAAGCACCUCUCAAAGGCUUAAACUUCAUCGUCUUUAAGCUAUGGUCCCUGUCUGUACAUGUUUUAAACUUUCUCAUCAUCUCGACAGUUCUCCCUUUUUUUUUGAAAUCCUAGUUCAAUUUUCAAUAGUUGUAAAGAAAAAAUAUAA